UUUGUCGACUAUUUAGCCUCUCUCAUUUUGACUUCUGAAACCAUUCUCUGAAUUUUUUCCUCUUUUCUUCAAUAUUGCAGUGUUCCCACAUCACAUUUGAAUCUUGUCCUCUUACCAUAACUAUCCCACCGCGUUAUAUUUUUUUCUUCCCUGUCCUUUCAAUAACUGAACCAAAAAAAUAAUAAUAUGGCCAUUGAUAUGAUCUCUGAAGCUCCAAGCUUAACCACAAGUCCAAGAAUCUCUUUUUCUCAUAAUCUUCACCACAAAGAUGUUGCUGCUACUACUACUGCCAGUAGUGAUUUUAAUUCUGAAUUCGAUUUCUGUAUUAGCAAUAGCACAGAUACAGAAACUUCUUCAGCAGAUGAGCUGUUUUCAGAUGGCUUAAUUCGUCCUCUUCAACUUCAAGAAAAGUUUGUCACUUCUUCAAAACAGUUUCCUUUAUCAAAGACUCAAACUUUAGUUAAUUCUAUUCCACCCCUUUCAGUUUCCUCAGCAGAAAAUGAAAUUUCAAAGCAAGAAAUCAAACCAGAACAGCAACAAAAGAAUCUGUCAAUUCUACUGGUUCAGUUCCUAAUUCAAAGCAAUCAGUACAGAAACAGAGUAGUGCGCAAUGGAAACAAAUGAAGAAUUCAUCAUCAUCAUCAGCAUCAGCAGCAGCUAGUUUUUACACAUCUCAAAAGCCACCAUUGAGAAAGAAUUAUGGUAAUGCUAUUCGGAUUAGUCCAAUUCUGAAUGUUCCAUUUGGAUUGGGGUCUCUGUUUUGCAAUGGGAAAGAUAAUAAGAAGAGUAAGAAAUGAUUUUUGUGUGUUUCAGUUAUUCUCAUAACUUUAAUGAAAUACAUCACAGUUUGUUAUUAA